UUCAUUAUAAAUUAAAGAUAUUCAGUCAACAUAUGUAUAUAUUUUUUUAAGUUUUUUUUUUUGGAAUUUUCGAGGAGGUUUAAACAUUUAUUUUAUAUACAAGUAUAUCCGCUUUAACAUGAUCCAUUUUCUAAACUUUCGGUUUUAUUUAGUCGCUAUAGCGAUAUGGCCUUGCAUUUUCACAAACGCGUUUUAUUAUUGUGAUAAGCAGGAAAAAUUAUGUGGUGAUAGUAAACAUUUUAUGUGUGAUCCGUAUUCUGUGCCACAAGAAGCCGAACUGCUUGGACUUUUGCCCCUGACACGAAAAGUAAAAGAUUUAUAUGUCGAUCGACAUAAUGAGCACCGCAACAGAUUAGCUGGCGGCGAACAAGAAUUCAAAGGCGGUGGAAAAUUUCCGAAAGCUACUCGUAUGCGUGAAGUAAUUUGGGAUGACGAGUUAGCAUAUAUAGCUGGAAUACAUGCGAAACGUUGUAAUAUGGAACAUGACAGCUGUCACGAUACUGAACGGUUUCCAGGCUCGGGUCAAAAUCUUCAUAGGGGGGGUGCAGAUGCAAAGCUAAAGGAAGUGAGUGCUAAAAUUUUAGGAACGGUAGAUAGUUGGUGGAACGAAUAUCAAAAAGUAGAUGAUGGCAAUGCUCUGGCAGACGAAUUUCCGAAAGGCGCUGAGGACUGGGGAGAUAUCGGUCACUUCUCUGCAAUGGCAAACGAACGUGCAGCUUUCGUUGGGUGUGGUUUGGCGCUAUGUCAAAAGGCUGUUAACGAUUAUUUUCGCGUAGUUACUUGUAAUUACUCAGUCACCAAUAUUGACGGUGCGACUAUGUACAAGAAAGGAAAUUCAUCAGCUUCCGAGUGUGGUCAUUAUGAAAGUGUACCAAGUAUUAGAUAUCCUCAUCUUUGUACAAAUACUGGCAAAAUAAUAGAAUAUUAGGAUUAUGAAGAAUAAAUUUACGUGUUAACUAUUGA